GAAGUGUUGUGUCCGGGAAGGGGAGGGACUCCGACGACAAGUCUGGGGCUCUGCUGUGCUACUUGCAGGGCUGCACCAGUGCAACGUUUUGAUCCUAAAUACUCGAGUCCGUGCUUGUUGUUUUUGAUGAAGUAACUGAGUAAUGUUACAAAGCAUUGCGGCUUUUAUUUUAGUUUUAAAGGGCGUUUUGCCCGGCCUGGCCUGUGUGCUGUGCAUGUGCAAGGGGAAAGCCUAUAGCGCAGGCUAAUAGCAGCACUCGGGCUUGUUGCUACCACAGACGUACGCCAAGUUGUCCGUGAACUUUGUCACAUUUCGGAGCCAUGUCCAGCCUACUAUUGGCGAGAAACAGCAGGAGAGCGAUCUCGGUUAUCGGCGGGGGGCGCAGAGGCACCGACGCACUUUCAGGAGUUCAUCCGUCUGCACGGCGCUUCAUCAUAGAUAUGUCCUACUCAGCGCACUUCAUGGAUUUUCAAGGUUCUUCCAUACCUAGCAGUAUCAAAAAGCUGGUGGUAAACAAGCUUAGUCCUAAUUUCAAAGAGGCCGUUUCUAUGCAGACCGUUGCGGUCCCGACACCCGGAGACGCGGACUUGCUCGUCAGGAAUCGUUUUGUGGGUAUCAACGCCUCUGAUAUUAAUUACUCAGCAGGCCGUUACGACCCCUCGGUGAAGCCCCCCUUCGAUGCCGGUUUCGAGGGUAUUGGUGAGGUUGUUGGCCUCGGCCUUAGCGCCAGCUCCCGUUACACCAUUGGGGACACUGUGGCCUACUUUGGUAGCGGUGCGUUCGCCGAGUACACGGUGGUACCAGCCAAGGAAAGUGUGCCUGUCCCCGCGGUGAAGCCAGAGUUCCUUGCCCUGCUGGUCAGCGGUGCCACGGCCUACAUUGCCUUAAAACGUCUGGGCGACCUGGCCAAAGGUGAGACGGUCCUAGUCACAGCGGCUGCAGGAGGGACGGGACAGUUUGCCGUGCAGUUUGCCAAACAGGCCGGUUGUCACGUGAUUGGGACCUGUUCAUCCAACGAGAAAGCCGGCUUCCUUAAAUCCAUCGGCUGUGACAGGCCGAUCAACUACACCACUGAAGACCUGGCCAAGACGCUGAUGAAAGAGUACCCCCAAGGCAUAGACGUGGUGUAUGAGUCAGUUGGAGGCAGCGUCUUAGAACUCGCAGUGAACAGUUUGGCCAAGAAGGGCCGGCUGAUAGUGAUUGGCUUCAUCUCGGGGUAUCAGACCGCAUCAGGGAUCCCACCCUUCAGAGGGGGAACACUACCGGUCAAGCUGCUCCAGAAGUCGGCCAGCAUUCAGGGUUUCUUCCUGCCCCACUUCUUAAGUGACUACAGGGAGGCUCUGGGUAGCAUGAUGCAGAUGUUUGCCAUGGGGAAGCUAGUGUGUGAGGUGGAUUGUGGGGAUUUGGCACAGGAGGGGAGGUUUGUAGGCUUGGAGUCAGUCUUCCGAGCCGUGGACUACAUGUAUGCUGGGAAGAACCUGGGCAAGGUGGUGGUGGAAGUGGCAGCACCCUCUGUUAGCAAUAGUAAGCUGUGAUUUAGCUAAUUGUUUAGGUAUUAAAUAAAUCAUACUUGAACUCAAAUGACUGUUAAGUUAAAAACAUAAAACUGUAGGACUUUAAUCAUUUUCAAUAGAGUUUAUGUUCUUUAUUUUUGUAAGAUGAUUCAUAUUGCACUAUAAGUAAGGUAUACAAUGCCUUCAUGAAUAAACAGUUAGCAACUUUACUGCUCUCAUGGUUUUGGAAAUUCUACGCAAUACAAAGGUAUUCUUUUUAUCAUUAAUGUGAGGUUUCAGCAGUCGUUCAUUUGCCAAACCUAAUUUAGAAUAGAAAAAUCUGAAAAUGAACUAAUAAUUAUGCAUCAGUGGUAAUAUUGCACAAAUAUGCUGAUUAAAAAUGAGAAACGGCAGCCUCUGUAAUUUCACCCAGAAAAUAUGCCUUAGUGUUUCUUAAUCUUGUGUGCCACCUCUGAAAUUAUUUCAGACCUGCUGCCAUAAUGUGCUUGCUCUUACCACUCUCUUUGGCACUUUAUCUACCAUAAAUGUUUUAUGAUAGACUUCAUUGUUUUUGUAAUAGGGGCUUACAUUGGUAUGUGCGUGUCAAAAGUGAGUGCUGCUCCAGGUGUGCUUGGUAUUUCAUUGCCUGUUUGUGGCUGACAGAAACGGCAUUCACACAAUCAAUCUUUUCAUUCACAUGCCCAGAAGCUGCACAUAAUAAAAAAAAAAUUAGUCCAGCUAACCAGGAGUUGGACUAGAAAAUGCCAUUACUUUCCCCCACUGCAAGUAAAAAAAUCACUUAUAGUGAAUGUAUUGUGGAAUGCCCUUUGACAUAUUUUUUUCAUUUUUUUUGUAUUUAAUUCAGAUUUGGCUACAAGAAACAAAGCAGCACAACAUAUUAAUGAAAUUUAUUUCCGGGAUAAAAACCCCUUGAGAUGUACCCUCUCGUGUUCGAGGGAGUCCUGACCAAAAAUUUACAAUAAUAUAAGAAUACACGAUAUACAGCAAACACUAAACACACUUACAAUAGUAAACAUAUGAUAGGAAGUUUAGUCGCAUGGCAGAUCAUUUCCACAUAAAACCCAAAUAUUAUCAUUGUCAUAUAAAAAUAAGACUUCAUUAUAACUUUUAAAGCCCCAGUAGGUAAUGAGUCUCACAGGAUUUCACUUUUUUAAGUUAACCCCAUUUCUUAAGGAGUAAGACUCUGCACUGUAUGUUGAAGCAGCCCAUGUUGUAUUAAUGUUCUGUAUGUAGUCUAAAAUAAACACCUGUUCCUACCUUGCA